AUGCAGCAGCCGAGGACGAGAAAGGCACGUGCUCUCAAAAUGGAGCGUCUUGUGCACUUUCCCAGUGCUAAUGACCAUUGGAGCUCGUGCAACCAAACCUGCGACCCGAACAGUCUGUGGACGGUGGACGGAUGGGUCACGACGAACGAGACAGUUUGGGACUGCACGGAGAUUCGGCUCCCAUGCUCGCCAAACGGGGCGUCUUGCGCACUGUCCCAAUGCUGCGCUGAUCCUGACGCGAAGUGCUACAAGAAGAACGACUACUGGUUCGCGUGCAACCUAACUUGCGACCCCAACUCCAUGUGGACGGAGGACGGCUGGGUCAGGACGGACGAAGCUGUUUGGGAUUGCGGUGAACAUAUCAUCGAUGAAUCAGAGGCCUCGCAGAAUCUCUGGGACUGGCUGCUGAACCUGCUUCGAAGGUAG